AUGGCAAACGGCAUAUGUCAAUUUAAACAACAAUAUUUCAUAAAGGUUUAAGAACUUUUCAAAGAUUACCUCUUUUUAUCAGCAAAAUCAAUUUACAGUAAUGUGCGGUCUCCUAGAUUUAUCCAUAUGAUCAGGAAGUCCUGCUUUAUGGUGCACACACACAUGCCCAUUUUCCAGUUCAUUUACCCACCAGUAAUGGAUGAUGUUGAAUACACUGGGAACUGUCUUCAUCUCUGAUAAAUGGUUUAAAGAUUGGUUUGAAUCCUGGGAGAAAUUAAAUUGGGCAGAACAUAAGACUUUAUUAAAGUUGAGAAAUAAUAGCAGACUCCCUGGUGGAGACUGUAGGGGAAUUUGAGGAGAGUCUGGAGUCUUGACUGGAGUCAUUUUAACUUCUGAUACAUUGUGCAUAUCUUGAAAAGCACUGCGUAUCCAGCGCUAUAUAAAUAAAUGAUGAUGAUUGUGCCUAUAGUCAGGCAAACUGAGAAGGCAGGACAGAGAGCUGCUACAAGUAAGCAGAAGGAUAAGUUGGCCAUACACACGCCAAUAUAAUUGUAUAAAAUUUCAUUUGCAGGACAUACAAUUGUCCGUCAAUUAAUGGGCAGGACAUCUGGAAUAUAUGGAUAACAUUAUUAUUACUUUAAUUAUAAUUAUUGAAGUUCAGUUCGUAUUCUGCAGAAUAGAACCAAUACACCAGCUCAUUAAUUGUUUUCACAUACGACCAGCAUGCCUUCCUAUAAUUUAUAACCCACAGUUUAUUCAAGGCUUUAGUGUCCCUUCAAAAUACUAAUGGGUGACCAGUAUUCUACCUUCCCUUUCCUUAGGGAUAACCAUACGCGGAAACUGUAUUUGUUCUCAGAGUUGGUUUUGCUCAUUGCAACAAGAUUUGGAAAGGGGUUGUGUCUGCAAGACAAGGGCUUAUAACUUAAUGCUAAAAUACAUACUAAAAUUACAUUACAAGGUAAACUAUCAUAUUUUAUCAAUCAAAUUGGUGUUUCAAUAAACACAGGUUUCCCUUUUAAUAAUUGUAGUUCUUGUUGAUACUGGUAAUAUUUUUUACUGGCUCCAGAAUUGGCCUGAUAUAUAUCUGCCCAUGCCACUGUGUCAGUUGGUCACAGCUCAGUCUUUUACAGUUAGUGACCGUUGGUCUCAGUACAUUGGUUUGACUCAGACCAGUGUACAUCUCAUUGCGUUUGCGAAGCAUUUGCUUGAGUUUUUUUUCUUGUGGAAAGCGAAUUCCCCUAAUUAUGGUUGAAGAACUGCCUCCAGCGAUGGAGAAGAGUACUCCUCCAAUAAGGAGUGAGGAAAAAGAACUUUUUGCUGCUACAAAUGCAGAAAUGGAAAAGAAGGAUUCCAUCAGGAUGAAGCGAAUGAUGGACAACAACCCUGGGAGGGCAAAUGGAAAGAAAAGGAAGAAAAGGAAUAAAAAGAGGAAACAUCUGUGCAGUGGCAACAGCAAGGUGGAGGAAAAGAAGGAAGUUAGGAGAAAAAGACACCGAAGUGGUGAAGACUCCAUCAAAGCAGAGGAAGCGGGAAGUAACCAGAAGAGGCUGCACCAAGAAGUUCCUCUCCCCGUGGCAGUGAGCAUGUGCCAGAUCCACGCAGAGCUUGGGAGUGGUUCAUUUGGCAAGGUGAUGUUGGCAUCUCUGCCUAACAACAGGCAGCCCGUAGCCAUAAAGGUGAUACAGAAGAGUGACAAGGUACAGCUUAAUGAAAUUGUCACUGAGGCUAACGUGCUGAAGAUGGCUGCUGGAUGCCCACACCUGUGUCAUGCAUAUGGAUCAUUCCUAACUCAGCGGCAUGCUGUUUUUGUCCUGGAGUAUGUCAGCGGAGGGAACAUGGAUGAUCAGAUCGACAUUGCAGGAGCUCUGGAGAUGGACUCCAUAAGAUUCUACGCCGCGGAGAUGGUGUGCGCCCUCCAGUUUCUGCACUCAAAUGGGAUUAUCCAUCGGGAUCUCAAACCAGGUAAUGUCCUAGUUACCAGCGAGGGACAUGUAAAGAUAGCUGACUUUGGAUUGGCGGUCGAAGGCAUCUAUGGAUAUAGAAAGGCCAGAGGAAGAAGAGGAACACUGCCUUACAUGGCCCCAGAAGUGAUAGAAGGGCAGGCGUAUGAUGCAGGAAUAGACUGGUGGUCCCUCGGAAUCCUCAUAUACGAGAUGGCCACCGGAGAUCAUCCAUUGUACUCUGGCAAUGAUGUAUCUGAGUUCAUCGAAGCCAUUAAGUAUAACAAGCCCCGCAUUCCAUAUUGGUUCAGUGAGGAACUACAAGAUCUCCUGCAGCAGCUUCUGAUGAAAAACCCUGAUGAGCGUCUUGGCUGCAAUGGGAACAUUCGGGAGCACCCAUUUUUCCACUCCAUUGAUUGGGUGCAACUGGAAAAGCUGAACGUGCCACCCCCCUCCAAACCAAAAGAAGUGAUAUCAGUGGAUUUCAGCAAGACCUAUCAAGAGCCACUGACAUUCUUGGAGUCAAUAAAAUACAACAUCUCUUCGAGAUAUGUCCCACCAGCAUCCCCGUUGGAACAGCCAAGCCAUUUCUGGACAUCCAGGAACAUCUGUCCUCCUCAAGCCCAAGCACUGGUUUCAAACUAUCCAUACCAUCAGGCUCCAUUAUCAGCUCAGUUUGGUCCUUUUGGCUUCCCCAACCAGCCUUACACUGCAUAUCGGCCUAAUCUCGGCUACUACCAAAGGCCAUUACCACUGAUUCCUGUUCCUUCUCCUUAUUAUCACCAGCCAGUUUUUAGUCCUGUUAUCAGACCUCCGUUGGUUCCUUUCUUCCCAGAUUCUCACCAUCAUAACCAGCCUCUUAAUGUCUUCAACACCCCUUGGCCUUUUCCAUCACCUCUGCAAUAACCAUCUUCCUCUAUCUCUUGCCCCUAAGAUUUUCCCCCGUUUUCAAACUAUUAAAUGAGACCUUACCUCUGGCCACUUAUCCAGCAAUGCCUUUGACUCAUCAGUCAUCAGUCAACGGCCUUUGUAUCUUUUUCACAAGCGCUUAUUUCUUGACCGUUUUUUUUUUAAACACUUGUCUCUACCUCUAGCCUUUUCCAAUGGCUACUGUCUCUAGUCUGUUACACCAACCAGUCUCUUGUUUAUUCCAUAACUCUAUGUUUCUGCAUUGGCCCAUACCACAGCCUUCACUUCUGGCCCUUACCACUGGCUCCAACACCGGCCCGUUCCAUCUGCCUCUUCCUGCAGCCCUUUACGUCUACUGCAUCUUCUGGCCCUUGCCACCGGGCCCAACACUGGCCCAUUCCAUCGGCCUUUACUCAUAGCCCUUAACACCGGCUACUGUCUCUAGCCCAUGUCACCGGCCCCAACACUGGCCCUUUCCAUCUGCCUCUGCCUUAACAUCAGCUGCUGUCUCUGGCCCCCAACACUGGUCCAUUCCAUCUGCCUUUACCUAUAGACCUUAACACUAGCUUCUGUCUCUAGCCCAUGUCACCGGCCCCAACAAUGGCCCAUUCCAUCGGCCUCUGUCUGCAGCCCUUAACAUCGGCUGCUGUCUCUGGCCCCCAACAACGGCCCCAACACUGUCCCCAACAUUGGCCCUUUCCAUCGGCCUUUACCCAUAGCCCUUAACACCGGCUACUGUCUCUAGCCCAUGUCACCGGCCCCAACAAUGGCCCAUUCCAUCGGCCUCUGUCUGCAGCCCUUAACAUCGGCU